AUGAACCCCCCAAAAUUCGACAAAACCGAAGACAUGGCUAACCUAACUUUCUUGAACGAAGCUUCUGUUUUGGCAAAUUUGAAGGACAGAUACAAGGAUAUGAUGAUUUAUACAUAUUCUGGUCUGUUCUGCGUCGUCAUUAACCCAUACAAGCGCUUGCCCAUCUAUACCGAGUCUGUGAUCAAGUUCUAUAUGGGAAAGAGAAGAAAUGAAAUGCCACCUCAUCUUUUUGCCACUUCUGACGAGGCCUACAGAAAUAUGGUUCAAGACCGUGAGAACCAGUCCAUGCUGAUCACUGGAGAAUCCGGAGCCGGAAAGACGGAGAACACAAAGAAAGUUAUUUCCUAUUUCGCCAUUGUUGGUGCCACCCAGGCAGCUAAGCAAGAGGGCACUAAAGGAGGUACUCUAGAGGAACAAAUCGUGCAAACCAACCCCGUACUGGAGGCUUUCGGUAAGUAUGUAAUGCUAAAACCGUCCGUAACAACAACUCAUCUCGAUUCGGAAAAUUCAUUCGAACGCAUUUCUCUGCACAAGGAAAACUCGCAGGAGGAGAUAUUGAACAUUGUACUCUUUAGCUAUUGCUAUCAACGCACAUUUGCUCAUGAUAGGCAUAUUCCAGAUUUGCUGGAGAAAUCUCGUGUCGUGCGACAGGCUCCUGGAGAACGCAGUUACCACAUCUUCUAUCAGAUUAUGUCUGGACAUGAUCCCAAGCUUCGCGGUGGGUUUUACACGAGGAGUAUGUGGACAGAAUGUGAUAUCCACGUAAAAUAUUUAGAUUCGUUGAAACUCAACCAUGAAUUGAGAUAUUACCACUUCUGCUCCCAAGCUGAAUUGACCAUUGAAGGUGUUGACGACAAGGAAGAGAUGGGAAUCACCCAGGAAGCAUUCGACAUUAUGGGCUUCGAAGAUGAAGAAGUAAUGGAUCUGUACAAGGGUUGCGCAUCGAUUAUGCAUAUGGGAGAGAUGAAAUUUAAGCAGAGACCACGUGAAGAGCAAGCAGAACCCGAUGGCGAUGAAGGUCGAUAA